AUGUCAGAUAAUCACGAAGAAGAAUCAAACGUACCAGCCUACGUCCCAGGUAAACACGUUUCAGUCGAUCAAUUAAAACAACAAGAUGCUGAAGAUGAAGCAUUAAAACGUUAUAAAGAAUCACUUUUGGGUACUGGUGUUCAUGCCCCAAAGGAUGACCCAAGAAAAUUGGUUAUCAAAGAAAUGAAAAUCCAAAUCGAAGGUAGACCAGAUACUAUUUAUCCACUCGACACAAAAGAAUUAAUUAAAGAAAUGAAAACCAAGCCAUUCGUUCUCAAGGAAUCAUGUCACUACAAGAUCACCUUAACUUUUAACAUUCAACACGAUAUCGUUUCUGGUCUCAAACAAACCAACACUGUCUACAGAAAAGGUAUCAAAGUUUCAACUGAAAAACACAUGCUUGGUUCAUUUGCCCCACAAGCUCUUGCUCACUCUGUCACCAACCCAAGACAUGGUUGGGAAGAAGCUCCAUCAGGUAUGUUAGCUCGUGGUAGUUACACCGCCAAAGUCGUUUUCACUGAUGAUGAUAACGAAGAACAUUUAUCAGUUGAAUAUGCUUUCUCAAUUAAAUCUGACUGGAAGAGUGAUGAUUAA